AUGAAGCUCCUCGCCACCCUCACGCUGACCCUCCUCCCCACCCUCGCCCUCGCCGGGGAAGGACUACCCCCCCGCCCCAGCGGCAAAUACGGCAAAAACGUCCCCCCAGAACCCGUCGACACUCCGCUCAAGCAUCCCAAGGACCCCGCGCUGUGGUGGCAGGGCAUCACCGAUGACGAUGUGUAUUACCCAGAAUGGGCCAUUUCCGCGCGCGCAGAUGCGAACGCAGAGACAACAGUCGUCGACGCCAACACAAACGACGACGCCAACGCCAACGUAACCGCCAUCCCAGACAUCAACUUGGCCUCCCAUGGCAAGAAAAAGAAGAAGAAAGAAAAGAAGAAAAAGGGCAUGGGAUUAGCGGGUAGGUGGAGAUACAGGAAUGGCCAUUGGAUAAACUACGACAAGGGUGGCAAGAAAGAGCGAUGGGGUGGUGCGGGGAGAUUGAUUGCGCAGAUGAAGAAAAGGGAGGAGGAGAACCAUUGUGAGGGCUGGAUUCGUGGUUUUGUUAGAAGGGGGAUGGAUUGA